UAUUUCAGGUCACUCAUUCAUGAAAUGGCGGCAGGGAAAGAGAUAGACCGGCUCGCAGAAGACAAACUUCGCCUCAAAAACUGGAAAAGAUGGGGCCCUUACCUGUCUGAACGACAGUGGGGGACUGUGAGGGAAGAUUACUCUGAAGACGGGUCUUGUUGGGACUAUUUUUCCCACGAUCAGUCACGUUCCCGAGCAUACCGCUGGGGAGAGGAUGGAAUUCUGGGAAUAACAGACAGACAGGCGCGGCUCUGUUUUGCACUGGGCCUCUGGAACGGGAAGGACCCCAUUCUGAAAGAAAGGCUUUAUGGACUUACAGGUCCUGAGGGAAACCAUGGAGAAGACUGUAAGGAGUGUUACUACUACCUGGACUCCACCCCUACACAUUCCUACACACGUGCCCUGUACAAGUACCCGCAAAACGAGUUCCCCUACGCCAAACUGAAGGAGGUGAACAGGGAAAGGGGUUUACACGAGCUGGAGUAUGAGCUGGAAGACACAG